CCAUCGAAGUGGUGUGUUGCGAGCGGGAGAGAGAGAUGACCAGAGCUCCGCGACGCUGGACAGUCAAACAUGGAGCUUUUUAAAACGCUAAUUUCGGUGCUUUGGAUGUUAUUGCUGAAUGGAAACAAGGGCUGUCACGCUGAGGAAGUGGUCCUGCUGAACUCUAAAGAAACUCAGGCAGAGCUCGGCUGGACGUCGUACCCCUCCAAUGGAUGGGAGGAGAUCAGUGGCGUGGAUGAGAAGUACAAGCCCAUCAGGACCUACCAGGUGUGUAACGUGAUGGAGCCGGCGCUGCAGAACAACUGGCUGCAGACGAGCUGGGUGGCGCGGCGCGGCGGCCAGCGCAUCUUCGUGGAGCUGCAGUUCACGCUGCGCGACUGCAACAGCAUCCCGGGCGUGGCGGGCACCUGCAAGGAGACCUUCAACCUGCUCUACGUGGAGUCGGACAAAGACCUGGGCCGGGUGACCCGCGAGGAGCGCUACACCAAGAUCGACACCAUCGCCGCCGACGAGAGCUUCACGCAGGGCGACCUGGGCGAGAGGAAGAUGAAGCUCAACACGGAGGUGCGGGAGAUCGGACACCUGAACCGGAAAGGGUUCCACCUGGCGUUCCAGGACGUGGGGGCGUGCGUGGCCCUGGUGGCGGUGCGGGUGUACUACAAGCGCUGCCUGGCCACGGUGCAGAACCUGGCUGUGUUUUCCGAUACAGUUGCCGAGGCGGCAUUCGCCACCCUGGUGGAAGUCAGGGGAGCCUGCGUCAACAAUUCCGAGGUGGACACGGACAGCCCUCCCAGGAUGCACUGCAGCGCCGAAGGGGAGUGGCUGGUGCCCAUCGGGAAGUGCAGCUGUUCAGCGGGUUACGAGGAGGGCCACAGCAGCUGUGAAGCGUGUCCCCCUGGCUCGUACAAGAUGUCUUCCAGACAGCAGGAGUGUUUUGCGUGCCCGGCCAACAGUGUGGCGGAGGAGGAAGGCUCGGUGGUGUGUGUGUGUGAAGAGGACCACUUCAGGACCCCUCUGGACAACCCCUCGGCCCCCUGCACCCGCCCCCCCUCUCCUCCCAAAGACUUGGUCUACACCCUCAAGCAGUCCACCCUGAUCCUGGAGUGGGGCGCGCCAACGGACACGGGCGGCAGGGGGGACCUGACCUACAGCGUGGGCUGCCGCCGGUGCGUGGGGCUGCAGUGUGAGCCGUGCGGGGCCAGCGUGGGCUUCAUGCCCCAGCAGAGCGGGGUGACCGAGCGCACGGUGACCGUGGUUAACCUCAUGGCCGACUCUAACUAUACGUUGACGGUCGAGGCCCUCAACGGAGUGUCGGAGCUCUUGCCCAACAAGAGGUUCUACACACAGGUCAACGUGUCAACUAGCGUGCCAGCGCCCUCUCUGGUGAGUGAGUUUCGUGCGGAGAAGAUUGAGCAGCGCAGCCUCACCCUGGUGUGGAGGGAACCUAGCUACCCCAACAGCAGCCGCACCGAGUACGAGAUCAAGUACUACGAAAAGGAACAGAAGGACAAGAGCUACUCAACGGUCAAGACGGCCGCCACCCGCAUCAGCGUCAACAACCUCAAGGCCGGCACCACCUACGUCUUCCUCAUCCGCCCCUUCUCCACCCCGGCCCCCUCCUCCUCCCUCCUCUCCGCCUCUUCCUCCUCCUCUUCCUCCUCCCCCUCUCCCAUCGACUACGGAGGCUACAGCGCUCCCCUGGAGCUGCAGACGCUUGGUGAAUUGGCGCUGGCGUCCAGUGAGCAGAACCCAGUAAUCAUCAUCGUGGUGGUGUCUGUGGCCGCCCUCAUCAUGCUGCUCUCUAUGGGAGUGGGCCUGCUCCUCUGGAGAAGACAAUGUGGAUACAGCAAGGCCAGUCAAGAGGGAGACGAAGAGCUCUACUUCCAAUUUAAGAUCCCGACCCGGAGGACCUACAUAGACCCAGAGACGUGUGAGGAUCUGGUGCAGGCUGUCCUCACCUUUGCCAAAGAGCUCGACAACUCCAGCAUCAAGAUAGAGAGAAUUGUCCACACAGGUGACUUUGGGGAGGUGUGUCGUGGCUGUCUCAAGCUGCCCAGUAAGCGGGAGCUUCCGGUGGCCAUCAAGACACUGAGGGCCGGCUGCUCAGAGAAACAGAGGCGCUCCUUCCUCAGCGAGGCCGGGAUACUGGGACAGUUUGACCACUCCAACAUCGUCCGUCUGGAGGGGGUCAUCACCAGCGGUAACACCAUGAUGAUUGUGUUGGAGAGCAUGUCCAAUGGGCCCCUGGACUCCUUCCUCAGGAAGCACGAGGGCCAGCUCUCCGUGCUCCAGUUGAUGGACAUGCUGGGGGGCGUGGCCUCUGGGAUGAAGUACCUGACAGAGAUGGGCUUCGUCCACCGCCGCCUGGCCGCCCACAAGGUACUGGUCAACGCCAGCCUGGGCUGCAAGGUGUCCGGCUUCAGACCCCUCCAAGAGGACAAGAUGGAGGCCAUCUACAGCACAAUGCAUGCGGGGAAGAGUGUGGUGUUGUGGACAGCCCCAGAGGCCAUCCAGUACCACCGUUACAGCUCAGCGUCUGAUGUCUGGAGCUUUGGCAUCGUCAUGUGGGAGGUCAUGUCCUACGGAGAGAGACCCUACUGGGACAUGGGCAACCAGGACGUGAUCAAAGCGAUAGAGGAUGGCUUCCGCCUGCCCGCCCCUAUGAACUGUCCACCCCACCUCCACCAGCUGAUGUUGGACUGUUGGCAGAAGGAGAGGACCGAGAGACCCACCUUCAGCCAGAUCCACUCGGCUCUCAGCAAGAGCAUCCGCAGCCCCAACGGCAUCGGCUCCUCCACACUGGCACGCAGAACCCUCCCUCAGCUAGGAACCCUCCCUCUGGGCUCCUCCAUCUCCCUGGCAGAGCGGACUCUUCCGUCGUUCCCCUCGUUUAACUCGGUAGGGGAGUGGUUGGAUGCGGUGGACAUGGGGCGCUACAAGGACAACUUCACCGCGGCAGGAUACUGCUACCUGGAGUCUGUGGCCCGUAUGACAGUCCAAGAUGUAUUGAGUCUAGGCAUCACCUCUCUGGAGCACCAGAAACAGAUCCUGUCUGCCAUCCAGACCCUUAGAGCCCAGGUCAUCCAGAUGCACGGCAGAGGGGUGCAGGUCUGACACACAUACACACACGUGCAAAUGGACGGACGGACGGAUAGAAGGAUUUUCACAGAGGAGAGACUCGUCUCUCAUCCAGAUGGACAACAUGAAGUGGAUAGAGAGAUCGGAUGAGAUAUCGCCACACUGCACCCACUCACUCUUCCUCCUCCUCCCUCUCUCUAAGUCCUUGGGAGCGAGGCAUCUUCCAGUCAUGUGAUCAACGUACUUUGUCGAAAGUCAUAUGACUUUUGUCUGCACGCUGACCCAAAUUGACUGGAUGUCCGCUCUGACAACAGGCCCUGGAUCAGUAGUUACAGAGACUUAAAACUACCCGGAUAGAGAAGUACUGUCCACCUAAAAUGUCUGGCACUGCUCUCAAAAUAUGGGGUAAUUACAUUCCUUGAUGGAGAAGAACUGUCCCCUGAAGCAGAGUGAUACUCUACUGAACCACUUGUCUCAGAACUGAGGUUAAAACCACCCUGGUUGAGAAGUACUGUCCAUUACAGGGCUGUCCCUCUACCACUGGUCUCAGAACAGUGGGAUAAGGCACUAAUGGUGAAAGUUCUGUCUGUCGAACAGGGCUAAAAUUAUAAAACUGGUCUCAGUUCAAUGGUUAAAACAUUACUGUUCCGGCCGCUGAAGUGCGAUCGAGUGACUGGUUCCCACAGUGUGGGCGGAGCCCAGGCCGUGUCAAGUCGUAGCCCGACCAAUCACGAGGCUGGGAAAAAGACUUACCUUGAAGGAAACUACUGAUUAAAAAACAAAAACUAGAAAACUGUAAAUCGAAACAAAGGAUUUCCAUGUGUUUGAUUGUUAAUUUCUAUUUAGUCUGUUACACAAUUUGUCUUUUUUAAAAGUUUUUCCGUUAACCGUCUCUGCUCUCCCGGUGUUUUCUCAGUGUGUGGAAUGGCUAAUGUCCCUUAGCCGGGAUGUCAGUGGUAUCAUGUAGCGUCUCGCUAAUAUAUUUCUCCUGUCUAAAAAGCAUUUUCACUACAUGGGUAUAUUGCACUGUUGAGAAUAAAGGUCAAGUCUCAAGCUGACGUAUCUGAAAUGUAUUCAUAUUUAUAUGCGUUUCCAGUUUACAGACUCUCACACAACCUGACAGGAAGAGGUUACGAGGGUCAUACUUGAUUUUUUUUAUUACUAAAUAAUUUGUGUCAUUUUGUGUUUAAGGAUGCUGCAAAGCACAUGUCCUUUGGUGUCAAGCAUAUCCCUUCCUAGCCGUUCUGUUUCGUUUGAUUACAGUGUGUAUCAUAACGUUUUCUUUAUUUUUUCUAGUUAGAGGGAUUCUGUUACUGAAUAAGGGUGUUCUGAACCAGAAGAAGAUAUUAUGAAGAGGACUUACACUAUAGUAUGUUGACUUUUUUCUUCUCCUAGACCGGGGUGUAGAAUCAUUUUGAUACAGUCAACAAAUCUACAGUAGUUGAUAUAGGACUUAUACAUUUUGAGUCCAGUGUCGCUGGAUGUAUGGUAUCGAUGUGUUGCAUUAUAUAUGCAGUAUUGCAGUAUUUCAGAAUGUCGUAGAGUGAUCAUGUAUGUUUUUUUCCCGGGCCAGCAAUUCAAGCCGUCAUGCAUAGGGCCCUGUGUUUUGGUUAAUCCUGUCACAUGACCUGGAUUUGAACCUUUUUGUUUAAAGCUUUUUCAUCAAACUGUUCCCCCUUUUCUUUUUAUGUCAGAUGGUCCAAGCGCCAUCCUCCGACAAUUGCUUACAUUUUUGGUCUAAUUCUCAUUUCUGGAAAAUGCUUAAAAUCAAGGUUUAAGUGGUUAACCAAAACACAGGGCCUUAGCUAUACAUCAUGGUUGUACACUUAACAUGUUCUAAAUGUUCCUACAAAUCCCACAACCCCCCACUGUGCAGUCACAAGCCACUCCCAUUUGUCAGUAUUGUGUAUUUUUCAAAACAGGUAACAUUUAAUCGUAGGUAACAUGUUAUGAGGCAUUUUUUUAUUUAUAUCAUACUCUUGUAGCUCGCUGCAGUGCAUUUGGAAAGUAUUCAGACCCCUUCACUUCUUCCAAACUUUGUUACGUUACAGCCUUAUUUUAAAAUACUUUUCCCCCCUCAUCAAUCUACACACAAUACCCCAAAAUAACAAAGCGAAAGCAGUUUUUCUGUGUGCAAAUUUAUAAAAAAUGAAAAAGAUACCAUAUUUACGUAAGUAUACAGAUCCUUUGCUAUCAGACAGAAAUUGAACUCAGGUACACCCUGUUUCCACUGAUCAUUCUUGAUGGUCCUACAACUUGAUUGGAGUCCGCCUGUGGUAAAUUCAAUUGAUU